AUGCAGCUGGGUGAGCCGCUGCUGACGGCGGCGGGGGCCCUGCCGGGCGCCCCCUUCUACCCGCUGGAGGGCGGCGGGCGCGGCGGAGCAGCCGGACCUGCAGCCGGGACGGGCGCUGCCGGCGGCUCCCGCGGCCCGCCCGGGCCGGGAUCGCCGCCGCGCCUCGACCUGGACAAGAUGCCCAAGAAGUUUGGGGCGGCCCCCGCCAUCCUAGGCGAGGCGGAGGCCGUCGAGCCGCCCUUCGCCGCCCCCAAGCCGGACGGCCGCAAGGCCACGCCGUGCGGGGACGAGGAGCUGCCCCCGGCCGCCGCCGCUCGCUACUCCAUGGACAGCCUGAGCCCCGAGCGCUACUACCUGCAGUCCCCCGGGCCGCCCGCGGCCGACCUGGGCGGGCCCUGCGCCCUGUUCCCGUACCCGCCGGCGGCGCAGCACGGCUCCGUCUACCAGCCUGCCGGCGGGCCGCGCUACCCCUACGGCUCCGUGCUGUCCCCGGGCGGCUUCGCGGGCGCCGUGUGCCCGCCCGGCGGCCGGGCGCAGUUCGGAGGCGGCGGCGGCUACCAGUACGGGCAGACGACGGGCGGCGGACCCCUGUACGGCCCUUACCCGCCGGCGUCGGGCUCCUGCGGCGGCCUCGGGGCGCUGGGGGUGCCGGCCGCCGGCCCCGGGAUGCGGGCGCAGGUCUUCCUCUGCAACCGGCCCCUCUGGCUCAAGUUCCACCGCCAUCAGACGGAGAUGAUCAUCACCAAGCAGGGCCGGAGAAUGUUUCCCUUCCUGAGCUUCAACAUCACCGGCCUCAACCCCACGGCCCACUACAACGUUUUCGUGGAGGUGGUGUUGGCCGACCCCAACCAUUGGCGUUUCCAGGGGGGCAAGUGGGUGACCUGCGGCAAAGCCGACAACAACAUGCAAGGCAACAAGGUCUACGUUCACCCUGAGUCGCCAAACACCGGGGCUCACUGGAUGCGGCAGGAGAUUUCUUUCGGAAAGCUGAAGCUCACGAACAAUAAAGGCGCUAAUAACAACAACGCGCAGAUGAUAGUACUUCAGUCGUUACACAAGUACCAGCCACGUCUUCACAUUGUGGAAGUGACUGAAGAUGGUGUUGAAGAUCUGAACGAUUCCUCAAAGACUCAAACAUUUAUCUUCCCCGAAACACAGUUCAUAGCAGUUACAGCAUAUCAAAACACUGAUAUUACACAGCUCAAAAUCGACCAUAACCCUUUUGCAAAAGGUUUCAGAGACAACUAUGACUCCAUGUACACAGCUUCUGAAAAUGACAGAUUAACUCCAUCUCCCACGGAUUCUCCUAGAUCCCACCAGAUCGUCCCUGGUGCCCGAUACAGUGUGCAGCCAUUCUUCCAGGAACAGUUUGUCAACAACCUGCCCCCGGCCAGGUUUUACAACGGUGAGAGAACCGUUCCUCAGACAAACGGCCUGCUGUCCCCGCAGCAGAACGAGGAGGUGGCCAGCUCUCCUCAGCGCUGGUUUGUGACGCCCAUGCAGCAGCCCAGCGCCAACAAACUGGACAUGAACUCCUAUGAGACGGACUAUUCUCACAGCACCUUGCUCCCUUACGGCAUUAAAUCCCUUCCCCUUCAGACAUCCCACGCUCUGGGAUACUACCCCGACCCGACAUUUCCAUCCAUGGCAGGCUGGGGGAGCAGGGGCUCUUACCAGCGAAAAAUGACGACAGCACUAACUUGGACCUCGAGAACAAGUCCUCCGGGAUUCACUGAAGACCAGCUUUCCAAGGACAAGGUGAAAGAAGAAAUUGGCUCCUCCUGGAUAGAGACUCCACCCUCUAUAAAGUCUCUAGAUUCAAAUGAUUCUGGGGUCUACACAGGUGCUUGUAAGAGAAGACGGCUUUCCCCUAGCACUUCCAGCAAUGAAAAUUCCCCAACCAUGAAAUGUGAGGACAUUAAUGCUGAGGACUAUAGCAAAGACACUUCGAAAGGCAUGGGCUACUAUGCUUUCUAUACUAGUUCUUAAAACAUCUUUUUUAUUCCAAUUGGCUGACUUUUUUUUUUUUUUUCAGGGUGGCCUUGGGUUUUUUUUGCAUUACAAUUGCCAAAAAGACUCUUGCCUUCCACCUUGAGUUGUUGUGUGCAAUUCUAAAGAAGGUGCCAAAGCUUUUUGACUGUUGCAGGUAACAAAAGUAGGGAAAGAGCAAACCAUGGGACAAUUCUUCCCCUUGUUUAGAAGGAACCCUAUGCACAAGCUGUGAGGACUAGUGUCUAAAUAUGUGGCAUAUUUAUUUGAGACACUAAAGUAUACAGUUUGGGUUGGCUCAGAAGCCUGAUCAAAUCUAUGCAUUCGUGAGCAAGGAAAGAGGGGGUGGGAUCCCAAAUUAAGUUUUCUUCCCUGCUUGAUAAGAGAACUGGGUUGCAGGGAACUGCACAAAUGCUAUGUUCUGCUUUAAA